AUGACAAGGAUGAUGAAACAGCACACUCUCAAGAAGACAGUCUGGCUGUCAAUUGGAAUUGUGACGCUUCUCCUGUUUCUUUUCAGGUUCACGUCCAGCAAGACGCCUGAUCUGCAACAGGUACUGAAGCAGAGCGCAAACAUAAUACCUCAGGACUCAUUGCCGGUGAAUAAUGAAAAGAGGACUCAGGAGGAGUUCUCCAAGAAGAUUGAUGAGAUCACCGAGAAAAUGAUGAAGCAACAGGACCUAAGACUUACCAAGCUUGAACAAGAUAGGGUUAAUCUAGAGAGGCAACUGAUGGACAUGAAACGUCCACCUUCAGACGCCAGUUUGAGAGAAAAGUUGGCCUUCAUCUUCCCCUAUGACCAAAACCGCAAGUUCCCUGCGUAUAUCUGGCAGAGCUGGAAGUGGGGAUUGAACGACGAAAGAUUUGGUGAACGGUUCAAGGAGGGAGAGUUGCAAUGGGCACUCAAGAAUCCCGGAUUUGUGCACGAACUAUUUAACGAUGAUACCGCAGGAGCUAUCAUUCAUCAUAUCUACAUGCAUUUGCCUGAAAUUGUGGAGGCCUAUGAGCUCAUGCCCAAUGUCAUUUUGAAGAUGGACUUCUUCAGGUACCUGAUCUUGCUGGCCAAAGGAGGAGUCUACGCGGAUGUGGACACCUUCCCAUUACAACCUGUGCCCAACUGGAUUCCUGAGAAUGUUGCACCUUCAGAAAUCGGUAUGAUAAUAGGUAUCCAGGCAGACCCAGACACUCCAGACUGGAGAGAGCACUACGCACGUAGAUUGCAGUUUGCCAACUGGGUGAUCCAGUCCAAGCCAGGCCAUCCGAUACUGAGGGAGAUAGUCGCGACUAUCACAGAGGACACUCAUCAGCGGAAAAAGAAUGACAAUCUUAGACUUGACACAGAGUCCAAGAGUAAGGAUAUUAGCAUCAUGCAAUGGACGGGUGGUGGAGUGUGGACCGAUACAAUAUUCACAUAUUUCAACGAUUACGUUCUGAGUGGAAUCUACUCUAAGGUUACCUGGAAGGAUUUCACGAAGCUGGAUGUACCCAAACUGGUUUCGGAUGUAUUGGUUCUGCCAAUCACAAGUUUCUCUCCGGGCAUUGCCAAGAUGGGUUCUCAGGACGAGGACCAUCCUCUUGCGUUUGUGAAGCAUUAUUUUGAGGCGUUUCAUAGCCAGUAA